AUGGGCAACUUUGAUUGCUACUGUUUCCUGUGCAGUGGACCGCUUUUCGAGCCGCAGCUCGGCUCUGCCUCCCCACGAGCUCUGACGAAGCGUCGCCAAAGAGUUGAGAAGAAGAGAUUGGCAUUGAAGUCAAAGAUUUGGUACAACUCGGAUUCAAGUGAAUCCGAAGAGGAGAGUGAAGAGGAGGACGAGGAUGACGAGUUUGAGGAGCGGGCAUCAUAUGACCCCGAACUAGCCACCGAGGAACGGACCGAUUGGAUCCAGUAUCUGCAGGUUCUUGGAUUUAAUCCAAAAGCAGUGGGUGGUUCCAAGGCUUGGAUCUCUGGAAGCGCGAGGUACGAUGAUGCGGGGGUGAUUGAAGUAUUUAAUGGAUCCGGUUUGUCUUUUUUUUACGGCGAAAAUAUCGCUGCCAAGGAGACUCACAUCAAUAUAGAUCCAAACCAGCCCCCUGUCGAAGAAAACAAUUGUUAUGAUUGCUAUGUGGCUUCAAAUGGAAACGAUGUUGUUUUCCCCUUCCACUCUAGCUGUAUGGCUGUGUUGAAGAAGGUGUACGAAUGGAGCCGUAACAGCACCUCCAACAAGACAAUGAAAGGUCUGGACUCUCCUAAAAUCGACAUGGACUCACUGUAUGACGCAGCCACCGUUCUUAGCGAAGACAACGCCGUCCAUCUAAAAUUAGACUAUGGUGAUAUCUCUGGCCCAGACCAAUGUUGGGAAUGCCACCCCGGCGAGGAAUACUCCGCCACUGAUCCCUUACACUCCGCUGUUGAGACGAUCGAGCUGCCCCCCCUAUCUACAUCUUCUCAAUCGCUCUAUUCUCGCUCACGUUCUUCAAUUGACCCGUUUGGAGCAGUACCAAACGAAAUCAUUCAUUUCAUUUGCAAUUACCUUCCUGGGGAGGACCUUAGCAACUUCUUGAUAGCUUCAUUUGUGGUACACUGCGCUACUCUUGAGCCUACGUUCUGGAAGUCUCUUGGGUGCUCUCGUUUGCCCUGGGCAUGGGAACUUUGGGAAAGAACGACCAGGCACGAAUCGCAAUCAGGGCUCCCUAUUGACUACAAGACACUCUACCUUUUUGUUGAUGCUCGUACCAGUCUCCCUUUCGGUAUCACAAACGGCCUGAGCGAUUGGAUGGGUUUGGCAAAUCGACGACGAAUAUGGACUGCUUGUCUCUCUCUCCUGCCUCACUACUUCCGUUCUCUUCAAAUGGGGAUAUUGGAUAAUGCAAUUUCCUCUGAUAUUACAGACGCAGCCAUCGAAGGAGAACUUUUCCCGGUAUCAUACCCACCAGCAUCCGGGACAGCUUUUCAAACCUUGUUUCUUCACUCAUGGGAGGAGCUGCGUGUGACUCCUUCAGUUUUUGAGGCGUACUGGGACUUGGAUAAGAAUUUAGUUGGCCUUGGCACAUCCUGCGGGGUAAACAAACGGAUUCUUGGAAGAGGUUCUGGUUCGGGAUCGGGCGUGGGUAAUGGGAUAACGAAAUCUGCGGACCGCAUCAAUACUGGUGAAUGGAUCCAGAACUUGUCACUCGGCCUCGAGAUUUUGCACCCUCUGCAUGGCACCGCUGUGAAAAGAGUAGAUGUCACUCUCACGUCCGGAAGAAAAAUCACACUUGGUGAUGGACGGCGGAACUUCGCUAAGCGACAACUUCUCUGCUUUAGUGGAUAUACGUUUGCUGGACUUUCCGGACAAACUGGCCAUAAUGGAGUAAUUGGGUCAUUGGGAAUCCUACAGUGUCCCACACCCAAGUCUUUGUGUGAUAUCACAUCUCCAAAGCUCUCGAUUCCUGAACGACUUCUAUGGCAUCCAGCAUCCUCUUCAGUCGUACACGGUCGUGACGUAAAGCUCCGACCGCUUGUCAUUUUGGAAGAUGCUCCCAUCAACGCAUUGACGCCACACGAGACUUUUUCAUGGACCGCAGGUGACGAGCAAUUCAGCAAACUUGAACGUAUCUCCGCAAGGCUCUGCACGGUCCCGGAAAAUACGGGCAUCUUGCAGUUGCAGUGCAGGUUCAUCAGGAGAUUCUGGGAACCUAAAAGGGGACUAGGUAGAAACAGUGGCGACGUCUCCGAAGAGCUUGUCGAGUCAGAAGACACUCCUGUCCAUCAUUUCGACAUCGAUGGGCCAGGCGGUGAACGCAUUAUUGGUGUCAAGGCACAAAGAACCAAUGGCAAGAUUACAGCUAUCACAGUAAGUCGCAACCCCAUGUUUUUUUCGAUAACUCGGCGGCUGAAUGGGCAGUUUUGCACGAACCGAGGACGCCAAGCGACUUUCGGCCAGGAGACGCAGGAUGAGUGGGCUACUUUCGAGGAAACCAAGGAGCAUUUCAUAUUUGGUCUUGCUGCGGGAUUUUCAUUGUCUGCAGAUUCUCAUGAAAAGCACUUCUCUUUGAUGAAUUCUAUCAUAGUUCUGACAAAGAAACAUGAUUAG